CUUUAAAGGUAAUGAGCUCCCCGAGUGUGUGUUUUUUUUUUUCUUUUUCCCAGAGCAGCUGUUUAACCGGGGCUGAAAUGGUUAUAAAAAUGACAGUACACCAAUUAUCCCGGGAGAAAGACUCAGCGCUUUUAUGAAUGAAGUUCAGCACAGUUUGUCCCGCUUUUUAUCUACACCAGCCGGACUCUGGGACAUAACAUUUGUUGCCACUAACAGGAUGGAGUGGCUGUUCCAGCGAUGCCAUAAAGAGGCUGCUUUCCACUCUGUCUUUCGCUCGGUGCUGCUCAUGUCUUGUGUGCUCCUGGUCCUGUCCGUGUCCAUGUAUCCUGGGCUGUGGUCCAUUGGUGUCCAGCUUCACUCAGCCUUCACGGGGAGCUAUGUACCAGGCCACCACUCAGUCCUUCUCGUCAACAGUCCCAACGAACAGGCGGCCAAGGACAUCGGCAGGGCGAUCAUGGAGAGGCGGCUGGCAGCCAGUAUUAACAUUCUCUCCAGGAUCUCCACAAUGUUCUAUUGGAAAGGUGAAAUCCAGGACUCAAGUGAAAUUCUGAUGCUGGUGAAAACAAAGACCUCCAGGAUCCAGCAAGUCAUAGAUUAUGUGAGGUCUGUCCACCCCUACGCAAACCCAGAAGUCCUCAGCUUCCCGGUGAAGGACGGCAGUCUGGCUUACAUGAGUUGGAUGGAUGAAGCCAUUCCAGAUGACUGAUACAUCAUUAAAAUCAAAGCCAGUCUCAGCAUGGACUGCAGCCCAGAGAGGAAACCUGAGCCACGUGCGCACGCUGUUGUUUUGAAGGCUUUGGAUCGAAGGGUUCAGAAAGUACCCUGCUGAACAAAAGUUCAAUACAUGACAUUUACAAUAUUUUGUUGCUCUGACCUUUUCACUGUAAAGUCUACAAUCUACUGUGGAGAUCUGAUUUAAGUCCUUUGAAGAGCUUCAUAUCCCAGCCACAGAAAAUACUUGUUUCUGAUUGGCUGCCAGUUGUCAGUUAAAAUCGUAUAAUGGGACAAGUACAUUGCAGUGCAGUACAGGGUCAGUUCACUCACACUGGUAUAAUUAAUACAAUAUGGUUUAAACUGACAGUAAACUAACUUUUAAAAGUGGAUUACAAUAUUUAUCUCCUCCAUUAUGCAUUAUGCAUUAUGCUUUUAUAUUAUUGCACUUUUUACACAGGUAGCACUAUCCUAAUAGCAGUGAUUCUUUAGAGUAUUAUUAUUUUGUGUAUUGUAUUUGCAUUUGCUUAUGAUUUGUUUAUGCAUCCUGCAGCUUUAACAUAGUGAUGGUUUGUGCUGGAUCAUAUUAAUGAGAUCACUAUACCACAUGACCAUAGCAUUAAGGUUAUUGUUUUAUCAUAGUCAUGUACUGUUACUGUUACUCAACCUGCCGUUGCCCGCACAUUAGUACUACCUAAUGCUUAUAAGCAAAAUUUGUAGUCACAAGAUUUUAAAAGCUGUUCUCCAAAACGCUGAGUCCUAACAAAAAGAAACCCGAUCAGCAACACUCAGAAGAACAGGAUGUCAGGGCAAUCUACAUGUACCCACCGUUUCAAUACUUGAUUGCUUCAUCUGGCUGUAGAAGAGGGACACAAACACGUGUGCAUGUGUGUUGCUGACAUUUCCUUUAUUGGUGUGUAGGAUGCAGUUAGUGACACAGAACGUUUUGCCUUGUGCACUGUUUGUACAAGUAAAUCUAAGAUGGUCACGCAGCUGAAUUUCAGUCCUGCUCCAGGUUAGCUCAGCUUGUACUAAUAAAACAUUUACUAGUAUUGUGUAAAACCUCAAAUACAGCUACACAACCUACUGGGGAUAAAUUAACAAACAGGC